AUGUCUCCACUUGCAUACGGCCUGUCAGUUAUGAAUUUCCUUUUUAACUACCUCUACGUUCCUAUUUUAAUGACCGAAGUGCCUUUAUUUCUGCUUGCUGCUAAUCGUUUUCUUAUUCAACCAGAUUUUAUGUAUGAUUGUACGCACAUCACUAAUCCUGAAAUGCGCCCUUAUUGUUACGAUCACAAAGUAAAUGGUAGUUUAAUUGAUGACACGUGUGUACACUCGUAUUUUUCUUUGAAUUGUACAAAAAAUGGACGUAUUGCUUAUGUGGCACAGUUUUAUUUCUGGCGUGAUUAUUAUGAUUUCGACGCAACAAUUACUCCGGAAGAUAAUACUUCAUUGCCUAUAAUAUUAGUAUGUUGUGUAUCUUGGUUUAUCUUAUUAAGUGUCGUUCUCGGGGGCAUGAAAUGUAUAGAAUGGCUUUUUGUGAUAAGUUCCCUACUCUACUCUGCAAUAAUCUUCUCAAUCUUCGUGAUGGUCAUCUAUACAGAUGGCGCCGAUGAAGGUCUGCUACAACUGACUACUUUGAAAAAAUGGCCGUCGUUCCGAACGUUCGGUAUGAUGGUCACGCUGACGACGAUUAAUCUCAAGCUCAUUAGCCCGGUUGGACACAUGACAUUCGCGGCUUUCAUCAACCCGAAGGACGAAAAACAGCACAAAACCGGUGCGUGUCUGUUUGUGGAACUUCUACAUCUGCUCUGUGGAGUUGUGCACAUUGUGAUCGUGGCAAUGAUCGCCGGUGUGUUAUCCACACUGUACGGUGUUGACAAUGCAGUCGACAUGUUUGUUCCACGUGCAGGAAUGUAUUAUGCUAUGCUCGUAGAAUUCCUACACUAUAAAAAUGUAUCGAACGUGUUUAUCAUCUCAUAUUUCAUGUCACUUUGGUGCCUAGAAAUGUCCAAACUAGCAAUAGUGGUUCAUUUUCAAAUUAUCAACUUGAUAGACUUCUUUCCAUCGGUCUUUCCGUAUCAGAACUAUGUUAAAGUCGCAUGGGGAUUGGUAUCAUUUAUUAUUACUAUCGCAAUGAAUAACAAAGUAAUAAAAUAUAUAAUAUAA